AUGGCGACCAGCGCGGCCUCAUCGGCGCCGCCCGGCAAGGCUGCCGAGGCGGAGGACGACGAGUUCAAGCCCGAGGCGGCUCUCGACGACGAGUCGACGCUGCAGCAGGAGGAGGCGCUGCCCCAGGCGCGGCGGGCGGGCAUGCUCCACCUCGCAGCGCUCGGAGGGCACGCCGAGGCAAUCAAGACGCUCAGUUCCACUUUUGGCGUCGACGCGAUCGAUGCUCGCGCCUCUCGGAUGGGCGGCGCGACGGCCCUCUGCCUCGCCGCUGCGCGCGGGCAGACAGGGGAACGGGCGGCCAUCGCGCUGCUACGGGCUGGCGCGAGCCCUGCGGCGGGUCUGACGCGGAACGGGCUGAGGCCGGCGCACCUCGCCGCUUGGUGCCGCUCGCGGGAGCUGCUGGGCGAGCUCUGUCGUCUCCUGUCGCCGACCGAGCUGCACGCGCCCUGCUCAUCCGGUCUCGGGCCGGUGCACUACGCCGCGCUCGGCGGGUCGGCCGACUGCCUCCGCAUCCUGCUUGAGCAGCACCCCUGCCCGCGAGAGGAACUACUUAGCGCAGACACUGCGAGUGACCUCUCGCCGCUGCAUUGCGCGGCCCUCUCUGGAGCGGAGGAGUGCGCGCGCGCCCUCCUCUCCGCGUCCCCGGCGCUUGCCUCGGCGCGGGGAGCCAACGGCUGGCUUCCACUGCACUGCGCCGCAGCAACCGGCAACGUGGCGGUGCUCGAGGCGGUACUUGCGUCCGGGUGCGAGCUGGACGCGGCCGAGGAUUCUGGCCUCACCGCGCUUCACAUCGCUGCCGCCGCGGGCCACAGCGACUGCUUCCUGGCGCUUCGCGCCGCCGGCGCCGACACGAGCCGCCGCGCGGGGCCCUCCCGAUGGACUCCGUCUUGCUUCGCCGCGGCGGUGGCCAAGGUGGACCCGACCUUUGAGGGCGUGGCUCGUUUGAUAUAG